GACAGCCCCCAAGACGUGAAAUACCAGCUGGGCCCCCGUCGCACACAAGACAAUUGCACUCUCCAUAAUUGCGUCUCCAUUACACCGCGCUUGCACGUGAAGCGGGCCAACGGGACUGCGCAGCCGACCUGUUUCUGGUUUCAGGCGCCGAGGUAUUCCGCACGCAGCUGGGGCUAGACGAGCCAAUCACACACCUCGUGAUCCUCAUUAGUUAUCGCCCAACUUGAGCCAGCUUCUGACGUUCUUUUCCUCCGCUUCCUCCAUCACUCUUCUCUCCACACCACCCUCCCCUAAUCCUCACCAUGCAGAAGUUCUCGAGGCUCGGCCGCCUGGGCCAGAGCCUUGCUUCGCGCAGGCAAUUGGCCACCGUCAGCGAUGCUCCCCUCUCUCGCAAGGUCGAGAUGACCAACUGGGAGAAGGGCCACUACAUCAACUACCAGAAGAUGAACGAGAACCUCCAGAUUGUUCGCGGCCGCUUGAACCGCCCGCUUACCUUUGCCGAGAAGAUCCUCUACUCCCACUUGGACGACCCCCACGGUCAAGAGAUUGAGCGCGGCUCCAGCUACCUCAAGCUCCGUCCCGACCGUGUAGCCUGCCAGGAUGCCACUGCCCAGAUGGCUAUUCUUCAGUUCAUGUCAGCUGGUCUGCCCUCCGUUGCCACUCCUACCACCGUCCACUGCGACCAUCUUAUCGAGGCCCAGGUUGGUGGUGAGAAGGAUUUGGCGCGCGCCAACGAGAUCAACAAGGAGGUUUACAACUUCUUGUCCACCUCUUGCGCAAAGUACAACAUCGGUUUCUGGAAGCCCGGCUCUGGUAUCAUUCACCAGAUCGUGCUUGAGAACUACGCUUUCCCUGGUGCUCUCCUCAUCGGUACUGACUCGCACACUCCCAACGCUGGUGGUCUCGGUAUGGCCGCCAUUGGUGUUGGUGGUGCCGACGCUGUCGAUGUCAUGGCUGGUCUUCCCUGGGAACUGAAGGCUCCUAAGGUUAUUGGUGUUAAGCUUACUGGCAAGCUCUCUGGCUGGACUGCUCCCAAGGACAUCAUCCUCAAGGUCGCUGGUAUCCUCACUGUUAAGGGUGGAACCGGUGCUAUCGUCGAAUACCACGGUCCCGGUACCGAGAGCCUGUCUUGCACUGGUAUGGCUACCAUCUGCAACAUGGGUGCUGAGAUUGGUGCCACCACCUCCGUCUUCCCCUUCAACGACCGCAUGUACGACUACCUUGCCGCCACCAAGCGCCGCGACAUUGGUGACUUCUCCCGCGAGUACGCUGCCCAGCUCCGUGAGGACGAGGGUGCCGAGUACGACGAGCUCAUUGAGAUCAACCUUGACGAGCUCGAGCCCCACAUCAACGGUCCCUUCACUCCCGAUCUAGCCACUCCUAUUAGCAAGUUCAAGGAGGCUGUCAAGGCCAACAAGUGGCCUGAGGAGCUCAAGGUUGGUCUUAUCGGUUCUUGCACCAACUCCUCUUACGAGGAUAUGACCCGCGCCGCCUCUAUUGCUGAGGACGCCAUGUCCCACGGCAUCAAGGCCAAGUCUCUCUUCACUGUUACCCCUGGUUCCGAGCAGAUUCGCGCCACCAUCGAGCGUGAUGGUCAGCUCAAGACUUUCGAGGAAUUUGGCGGUAUGGUCCUUGCUAACGCAUGCGGUCCCUGCAUUGGUCAAUGGGACAGAAAAGAUGUAAAGAAGGGCGAGGCCAACUCGAUCAUCUCGUCUUACAACCGCAACUUCACUGGACGUAAUGACGCCAACCCCGCCACCCACUCCUUCGUCACCUCUCCCGACCUUGUCGUGGCCAUGACCAUCGCAGGACGCUUGGACUUUAACCCGCUCAAAGACGAACUGACCGCGGCGGAUGGUUCCAAGUUCAAGCUCAAGGAGCCUACUGGUCUCGGACUUCCUACCAACGGCUACGACCCCGGCCAGGACACUUACCAGGCUCCCCCUGAGGACCGCGCAUCUGUCUCCGUCGCUGUCUCCCCUACCUCCGACCGUCUUCAGCUCCUCUCUCCCUUCUCGGCCUGGGAUGGUAAGGAUGCUAAGGACCUUCCCAUCCUCAUCAAGUGCCAAGGAAAGACCACCACCGACCACAUCUCCAUGGCUGGUCCCUGGUUGAAGUACCGUGGACACUUGGACAACAUCUCCAACAACAUGUUGAUUGGUGCCAUCAACGCUGAGAACGGCGAGGCCAACAAGGUCAAGAACGCUCUCAACGGCGAGUACGGUGCCGUCCCCGAUGUUGCUCGUGACUACAAGAAGAACGGCGUCCCGUGGGUUGUCAUUGGAGACUGGAACUACGGCGAGGGUUCUUCCCGUGAGCACGCUGCGCUCGAGCCCAGGCACUUGGGCGGCGCUGCCAUCAUCACUCGCUCUUUCGCCCGUAUCCACGAGACCAACUUGAAGAAGCAGGGUAUGCUUCCCCUCACCUUCUCCGACCCUGCCGACUACGACAAGAUCGGCCCUAACGACCGUGUUGACUUGGCCUCCACUGAGCUCGCCCCUGGCAAGCCUUUGACCAUGACUGUCCACCCCGCCGAUGGCAGCAAGGAGUUCCAGAUCCCGCUUUCCCACACUUUCAACGAGGGCCAGAUCGAAUGGUUCAAGAACGGCAGCGCUCUCAACACCAUGGCCAAGAACGCUAAGCAGUAAAUGCACAUGAUAGAGAACGGAUGAGAACAAUCACCACUGGGGAUGUAAAUACAGAAGGAUGAAUACCCCGCAGAUGCUUCACGAAUGGGGAUGAGGAGAUUCACGUCUGGGGUGGAUCGAACAGAUGAUCAGACGGAGCUGGACACCCGUAAAUGGGCGCAGUAGUGCAGCUUUCAUGUCGGUCCAUCGAGCUCAAUGUGGUUGGGUUUGCUUGUAUUUGUGAUGGUUAGCAUGCAAUGUAUGACUGAUUUUUCCUUGUUACCAAUGGUACAUGUUCUGACGUGAUUGUGGAUGAUGGUUGAGGUGGCUAUGGAGCUCGAUUUCUCAAGUUUAACCCAAGACAAAAGGUAUCGUAGGGGUAUUCGGUGAAGUUCCUGGUAUACUAUCUAGCGACAGAAGAUGAUGCAUACGUCCAGAGUAUGUUCUGUUUCGUGGAUAUCGUCGUAUACCUCAGAUAUCAAGUACC